AUGAACUUUGGAAGCCAAACUCCAACCAUUGUGGUUCUAAAAGAAGGCACAGAUGCGUCGCAAGGACGCGGACAAAUAAUUUCCAAUAUCAAUGCAUGUUUGGCAAUCCAGGACUCUUUGAGGCCUACGCUAGGCCCACUAGGUUCAGACAUUUUGAUUGUGUCUUCGAACGGUAAAACAACGAUCUCAAACGACGGUGCCACGAUUUUGAAGCUUUUGGAUGUGGUUCAUCCUGCUGCUAAAACAUUGGUGGACAUUUCAAGAGCUCAAGACGCAGAAGUUGGCGAUGGUACCACCAGUGUAACAAUUUUGGCUGGGGAGCUCAUGAAGGAAGCAAAACCGUUCUUGGAGGAAGGUAUUUCAUCGCAUGUCAUUGUCAAGGGCUACAGAAACGCCUCGAACAUGGCUCUCAAGAAAAUCAAGCAACUUGCGUCAUCAGUCUCUAGCGAAAAUGGGACCAACAGAGAGUUGCUGGAACGUUGUGCUAGAACUGCGAUGUCUUCAAAAUUAAUCAGCAGUAACUCUGAUUUUUUCGUGAAGAUGUGUGUCGACGCUGUGUUGUCUCUGAAUCAGGAUGAAUUAGACGAUAAACUGAUCGGAAUAAAAAAGAUCCCAGGAGGUGCCAUGGAAGACUCUAUUUUUGUGAAUGGUGUUGCAUUCCAGAAAACUUUCUCUUACGCAGGUUUUGAACAGCAACCCAAGGUUUUCGAGAACCCUAAGAUCCUCAGUUUGAAUGUGGAGCUGGAAUUGAAGGCCGAAAAGGACAAUGCGGAGGUACGAGUGGAACAUGUUGAAGAUUACAAUGCCGUGGUGGACGCAGAAUGGAAAAUCAUCAUCGACAAACUGGAGCAAAUCGAACAGUCCGGCGCUAACAUUGUGCUUUCCAAACUGCCUAUUGGUGACUUGGCCACCCAGUUUUUCGCCGACAGAAAUAUCUUUUGUGCCGGUAGAGUUGCUGCUGAGGACAUGAACCGUGUGAUUUUGGCUGUUGGAGGUGCAAUUCAGUCGACAACCUCAGAUAUAAAACCAGAACAUCUAGGCACAUGCGCGCUAUUCGAAGAAACUCAAGUCGGUUCCGAACGUUACAACAUAUUCAAGGGCUGCCCGCAAGCCAAGACCUGCACAUUGCUGUUGCGUGGCGGUGCUGAACAAGUCAUUGCCGAGGUUGAAAGAUCGCUACACGAUGCUAUAAUGGUUGUUAAAAGAGCCAUCAAAAGUAAACUUGUUGUCGCCGGUGGCGGUGCUAUAGAAAUGGAGAUCUCGAAAUACCUAAGGGACGAGUCUAAGAAAAUUGCUGGUAAGCAACAACUAAUAAUCAACGCUUUUGCCAAAGCUCUCGAAGUCAUUCCUAGACAAUUGUGCGAAAAUGCUGGACUCGAUGCCACAGAUAUCCUAAAUCGUUUGCGGAUGGCUCACAGUAAAGGUGAACAGUGGUUUGGUGUAGACUUCGAGACUGAAAGUAUCGGUGACAAUUUUGCCAAAUUCGUUUGGGAGCCUGCCCUCGUUAAAAUAAAUGCAUUGAGCAGUGCCACUGAGGCCACCAAUUUGAUCUUGUCGGUGGACGAAACGAUCAAAAAUAAGGAGAGUCAACCUGCCAACGCCGGAAUGAUGCCCCCACAGGGUGGUGCCAGGGGUAGAGGAAUGCCAAUGCGUUAA